AAUAAAACAUGUUGAACUCAGCAUAGAAAACAUUUUCAUGAUAUCAUUGCAAACAUGGUGCUGUCGAUUCCAGUUAAAAAUGUGUCAAACGUGUAGUUAAGUGUUUCGUGUAAUACCCUCCUAUUCAUGUAAAAGUUGAAAAAUCGAUGUCCAAACACUAAAGUAGAAAAUCCAUGUACAAACAUAAAGAGGUGUGUCCCUCGACGGUGUGUAUGUGAAUACAAGCACGCGAUGCUUCUAUUAUAAAUGAGUACAGCGACAGCGUCGUUGUCGGACGGCAAAGUGGCGACGAAUCGUGUAUAUGUGGACCGUGUCCCGGUUGUUGUCUCGUCUGUAGUUUGUUUGCCCGGGUCGGCGUAGGUGGGUCAUGCGGCCAUCAUGGGAUGUGGACAUUCCGAUAGCAAGUCGUCAGCAUCGAGGGACGACGGUAGCUCGGCAACGUCUUCACCUGACCGGACAGCUGACAGCAAUGGACAUGUUGGACGUCAACCGUGGACCAAAAAUUGUGCGUUCCCAGCUCAUCGUAUUACCAAAGUGACGCAGGUUGAAAAAGUUGACGUUUGUGAAGAACAUGGCAGUAAAUUGUUUUCAAAUACCUUACAAGAUGACUACAACAAUACUAAAGGUUUCCCUGAAGUAGUAUCUAUUCAUGGCAGUUGGAUUUAUGGUCUAAAUGCAGGAGGAUCUAGAAAUAAUUUAGACAUGUUUGAAACCAACCCACAGUAUUUGCUCAAAUUUCCUUCCGUAUAUGGUGAGGAAAAUUUAUUUAUUACAAUAAAAAUAUUGUUAAAAGUUAAACGUCUAGACAAAAAAUCUCCAUUAUUUGUUGCUUUUUUUUUAUACAAAAAUGACUGCCACCAGAAAGAAACGUUAGGCGCCGAAUAUUUUUUGUGCACAGAACCGGAAGGAAGUUCCGGACCAUUCAAAUCAAAACAAGUAAUCUCUGAAACAUUUGUGGUAUCAAACUUGGCAAGCUAUGUUAUAGUUCCGGCGACAUUCAGACCGUUUCAACAAGCCGAGUUUAUGAUUAAAGUAAUGAUCGGUAGAAAAUUAGGAACUGAACUGACAAAAUUAUUACCACCGGAGAGACCGUCAGUAGGUUAUAUUAAUAUGUAACAUAAGUCUUUUAAAUAUGUUUGUUAUAUGAAAUAUUAAAAUUUUUCAUUUAAAUAUAUAAAUAAUCAUAUUCUGAUGUUAUCAUUUCUCGUUUUACAUUAAAU